AUGGAGAAGUUAACUGAAUUAGAACUUAUAAAAUUAAGCAAAAUGAAUUUGAAGAAAACUUUCGAUAAGACUCAAGAUCAGGCUUCUUCUAUUCUUUUGCUUAAUCUUCAAUGGAAAGAUAUGGAAGGUACUUUGAAUUCUGCUCAAAAUUCAAUAGAAGAAAGACUCAAAGAAGUAAGAUCGAGAGAAGAACAUGCCAACAAGCACGAAGAGGAGAUUCAAAGAAGAGAGGAAUUGGUUAAAGAUCAAUUUAAAGAGAUUAGGAUUAAAGAGGAGGAAUUGGGGAGGCAACGUAGGGAUUUGGAGUUGGAAAAGAAGGAUUACGAAGAAAGGUUGAGGCAAGUUGAGUUAAAGCAGAAGCAAUUUGAAGAGCUGAAAUUGAAAGAGGAGGAAGUUGGAUCGAAGGAGAAGGAUUUGGAGAAGCGUUUGAGGGAGUUUGAGUUGAAAGAGAAGAAUUUUGAGAAGAAUUGUGGAGAUUUUGAGUUGGAAAGAGAAAAACGUCGUAAAGAACUUGAAUGUAAUGAAAAACAGUAUGAGCACAAAUAUAAAGAUGUUCAAGCGAGGGAGAAAUUAGUGAAAGGGAAGUCAGCAGCUCUUAAGAAGAAACGGAAGGCAAUCGGGUUGGAAAAGGAGCAUCUUGAGAAGUGUUACAGAGAGCUUGAGUUGAAACAGGAGCAAUUUGGGUUGAAAGAGAAGAGUUUCCAGAAGCGUUGUGAGGAGUUUGAGCUGGGAGAAAAGGGUUUCGAGCAACGUCGUAAAGAAUUUGAAGAACAACGUGAGCUGGAAUAUAGUGAGUUUAACUUGGUGGUGAAAUUGGUCCGAAAGCAGCUUGAAGAUGUUAAAAAGAAAGAGGUGGAAAUUGGGUUGAAAGAGAAGAGGGUGGAAGAGUCAUUUGAAAAACUCAGGAUAGCAAAUGAAGAUGUUAGGGUCAUGGAGAAAUCUGUUCUAGACUUGUGUGAGGAGGUUAAAAGGAAAGAGCAGGAACUUGGGUUGAAAGAGCGGAACUGCGAGCUGCGCUUCAGAGAUGUUGAUUUGUUAGAGACUUGUUUUCAGAAUGGUCUUCAAAACCUUGGACUAAAAUUGAAGCAGUGUGAGGAGAGAUCCAGAGAGCUUGAGUUAAAGGAGAGAUUGAUCAAAGAUCAGUUUGAGGAGCUUAAUGUGGAAGAAGAACCAUCUGGAUCAAAAAAUGAUCAGUCUGAGGAGUGUUCUAGUGAAUUUAAGAUGAAAGAAAGGUGUCUCAGAAAGGGUUAUCAAGAUCUCGAAGCAAGCCGGAAGCAUUAUGAAGAAUGCUUGAGCGAAAUCAAAUUGAAAGAGAAGCAAAUUGAAGAAUCAUCUGAGCAACUCAGGAGAAAGUAUGAACAACAGUUCAAAGACCUUAAAUUGAAGGAGAACAAACUUGCAGAAUGGUCUAAAGAACUCGGAAUGAAAGAGAGGAGGCUUGCUUCUGCCCAACAUCCUCAAGAGAACACUGAGCCAGCAAAUAGUUUCCCAGUUAAAUAUCCCGUUGAUCAUUCUUCACCAGCACAUCUUCACUUCUGUGUAAAUAUGGAUGGAAAGGAUUUGCAGAUGUUCCUAAAUGAGCACUUGAAAAUUAAUGGUUCAAUAGGCACUGAAGUGGCUAUGGCUCUUCAACUUUCAUCAAACCCUGCAAAGCUUGUCUUGGAUGCAAUGGAGGGGUUUUACCCUCCACAUUUGAGAAAAGGAGACACAGAGUUUGAAGGGAAAGCUGUCAGAGGAAGUUGCAUUCUAUUGUUAGAGCAAUUGAUGAAAAUUUCACCUGAAAUUAAACCUCAUGUUCAAAAGGAAGCUAGGGAGCUUGCGUUUGUUUGGAUAACAAAAAUGAGCAAAGAACCUGGCCACUCAUUGGAGGUUUUAGGAUUCCUGCAGCUUGUUGCCUCUUUCAGAUUGGCAGAUGCUUUUGAUGCUGAUGAGCUUGUCAAUUUUUUGGGGUCUGUUGCUCAAUAUCGUCAAACUCCUGAAUUAUUCAAGAAUCUUGGUUUGGGAGAUAAGAUCUCUGGUUUCAUAAGAGAACUUGUUGAAAGGAAACAGCAUAUUGAUGCAAUUAGAUUUAUUUAUGCUUUUGGACUGGUUAGCGACUUCCCACCAGUACCUUUAUUGAAAGAAUACUUGAAUCAUUCGAAGGCCGCAGCUGGAAGAAUUUUAAGAAAGGGAAAAAAAACCCCUGAAGCACAGAAUGAGUCAUGGACGAAAAGAAUAGCUGAUCUAAGGGCUGUUGUCAAAUGCAUAAAAAGGCAUAAGCUUGAAUCCGAGUACCUUCCUCUGAACCUUAAGAAGCUUAAUGCUUUAAUUGCCUCUCUUGAGAAAAAAUGUGUGGGCCAAAGUCUUGCAUCCGCAAAUGCUAACGCUGCUCCUGAGACCCCAUCACAACAACAGAUCAGUAUUAAGCGAUCUCGAGCAUUGCUAGAUACUGAAAUUGCUGGAGAUGCCUCUGUCGGUGCCACUGCCACAGCUACUGUUUCCAAAAUGAAAAUGCCUUCUAAGCAUCUGAAAAGGUCAAACCAAGAGUAUAAGAUUAAUUCAAAAUUGCUAUCCUGUCUUCUUGGAGAAAACAUGAAAAGAUCAAAUUCUAAACAGUUGCAACAGCAAGACAGUGGGCAAAAAGAUGGUGCCACCACCAGUGCCCCUGCUGUUUCAUCCCCAGUUUGCCCUGCCCCAGCCGCUCCCACCACAGUCGCUGAUCCCUCCUCAACAACUACAACAAGUAGUCCUGCUAUCAUCCCCACAACUCAACCACAGGAGGAGGAACAUAGAAGCAAGCGUCCUCGGUCAGCCAGCUUCCUCUCGAAUGCAUUAUAGUUUGGCUGGGGUUUCCCUCUAUAAAUUUGAAUAGAAGCCCUGAUGGUGUUUCACAUUCUCAUUCUUGGUAUGCCCUUUUGAAGACCUGGUGAUCGCAAGUAGGUAGCUAGGCAGGAGAAUGCAGCGGGCAAACCUAUUGACUAUGGCUGGCUCCAACUUAUGAACCUUAGUUCAAUUUGUCUGUAAAUAGCCACAUCUUCAAGCAUUGCCAUGAUUCAAUGUUUGUACUUUUGCAUUUGUAAAUAG